UGUCCUGAAUGCACGUCGAACCAUCGAUUUCCGCGUGUCGUGGCCACGUGAUCGCGCUCGAUCGCCGUGCAGCUCUCUGUCCCCGUGUCAACCGGCUUCGUAUCGUCGCGAUUCCAGCCCGGUAACAGCCAACGACGCCGAUCGAACGAGUUAUCGUCGUGUAUCGCGGAUCGAUCGUCGAGAAUCGAGGCUUUAACGGUAUCCGUACGCGCGGACAACGCGAAGCAGCGGGAAACCGGAGAUCGAAGGUCGACUCACGUGGCCAGAGCACCGCUGGAUGCACCCACCGGGAUACACGGCCGGUCUCGGUGCUAUUUCGACGAUGAACACUAGCGGCGAAUGAAUGGGAGUGGCCAGCAUUCCGGAGUGUAAAGAUCAGCAGCGGGCUUGCGAUGAAUGGAACGCUUUAGGAACGGUCCGGAAAAUGGAUGUCACCAAUAAUGUAACCGAGGACUUUGUGACGGUGGUGAACGUCGAGAGCCAGCCGCAGCCGGAAAAUUUCGUCACCGUGUUGUCCAUCGGCAGCGGAAAGAAGGAGGACGAGCCACCACCCGCGACCUUGACCAAGAGUCAAGUCGGCGGGGUCGACGGGCCCCUCGAAGAGGAGGUCGAGGUGUUCAGGCUGCCGGGAGAACGGCUGGGGUUCGGACUGAAGUUCGAAGGAGGAAACAAGACCUCGGAACGCGUGAGGAGGCUGUUCGUACAGAGCUGCGCGGACCAAAGCCCGGCUAGCAGGGCAAAGUGUUCAUGGGGCACCCUGGGGGAAGGCGACGAGGUACUCUCGAUCGACGGUGUACCAGUGACACACAUGACUCGGCUGGAUUGCGUGAGGAGAUUGAAGGAAUCGCAGCUGGUUAUCAAGCUAAUGGUCAGGUGCAGGGGAGCGCUCAGGCCUGAAGUUGUGAGCGCCGAGAAAAAAAGUUCACCGGAGAAGAGCAAAGUGCCUCCGGAACUGCCCUUGGCGCCUCCGCCGGUUCCGCCGCGAAAGCUCAGGCAAGCUCGUGGCUCCGCGGACGGCGAGGCCAAUCCAAGUCCUGUGAAAAAGUCCUGGAACGGAACCAGAUCCCAGAACGGUUCCCAAAACAGUUCCCCCGGAUCGCACGACUGCAAAUCCAGCGCGUACGACAGCUGCGAGUCCUCGCCGAAGAGCACCAAUGGAUCCGUCCAGGAGACGCCGAAAGGAUCGCCGAAGGAACGUUCGCCGGAACUCGCGAAAUCGAAACAGGAACCACCGGAAGCGAUGGUGUAUCUGGACGCUAGAUCGCAGUGCGGUUCGACGCACGGAAGCACAUCCGACGACACCGGAAGCUCGAUGUCGACGGUAAUCGACCGGUUCUCGACGUCCGACCGAGUGUCGACCAUCUCUACCGCCUCGACUGCUUCCACCGCGUCCGAACAACCCGGCGAACCUUCCCUGAGGACCGACCACGAGUUCGAUCGAACCUCGGAUCGCGAUUUCCAAUUGUCCAAAGCGAUCUGUCCGUUCGAGAACUUGGAGGGCGACUACUCGUCGAAUCCGCCCGACUACCUGCUGCGUCGGCUGGCAAACUCCGAGGCAGUGACCCACGUCGAGUCCCGAGGCGAAGUGGAGAGGAUCACCGCGGUGGUAGCGCCGAACACGGUGUUGAUCGAGGAAACGAUCACCUUUCAGCCGCCGUUGAGCUUCCAGGACGCGCCGCUGAGCUACGGCCACGAGGCCAGGCCGGAUCUCUUUUACACGGCGGACCUGGCCGCCGACUCGACCACGCAUUUCAGGCCAAUUAAAGACGACGUCGAGCUCGUCGAGCGCGUCAACGGCGGCCACGAGGAAUUCCGCACGCCGGACGCUGAGAAACCCAAGGAAACGCAACCCUCGGACAAGACGCCUCCGCCUCUGCCGGCGAGGAAUCACGUUAACAGGAUCACCGUCAAUCAAACGACGGGCAACGAACGCUCGAUCGAGCCUCGACCGCGGAAAUCGUCCGACGCAUCCGAGACCACCGAUGGCCAACCAGAUGUACCGAUUCUGCCGCCCAAGCCGCUGCCAAGAAGGGACGUCAAGGUCAGGCGGAAGAGGCCACCCCCGCCGCCUCCGCCGCCCACCGCCGUGCCUCGAACGGAAGUCAAGCCGGAGACCAAACAAACGAGCUUCGAGCCGGAGGAACCGUCGAGUCCGGAAAUAGUUGCUUCUAAGAAGGUGGACGACUCGGUUGCCAAAGCAAAGCCGGAGGAUAGGUCAAAGGCUCUCGAGAGAGACGAGGCAGAGAAAGGUUCGGCGAACCAGAACCAGAACCAGAGCAACGAGUCCGAUCCGGAGAAGCAGAGAAACGACGAGACGGAAGACACCGAGUCAACCGAGAAUUACGAUUUUCUCGAGGACGACGGUGUCCAGAGGACGAACAAGGUGUUCGAGAUAAUCGAAAUAAGGAAGGCGAAAGCGAUGUCGCCUUGGAAGAGCAACUCAUUUUCGCAAAACGACGUGGACGAGGAAAGUAUCGACCACGACGAAGAGAGAAUGCAGGUGGAGAUUGUCGAGAGCUACGAGAGACCUAAGCCGAAACUUAGGACCGCGGUCACGAUCUCGACGGAAGCGGAGGAUUCGGGGGAGGAAAGCGACGAGGCGAUCACGAGAUUCAACGAUUGCAUAGACACCCAGUACGACAGACAGUCGAUCAGAAACGAUCAUUUGGAUCGUUCGCCGGAGACGACGGGAUUCGGGAGACAGGAGAGCGACGAGGAAGAGUCGUAUAGAUCUCUCAACGACGUUGAUCGUGAUCUACGAAAUUUGGAAGGGAAUCGAGGCCGGGACGAGCAGGGAUCCGUCGAGGACGACGAAACCAGCGACGAGAGCGACGACGACGAUUAUUAUUGGCAAAGUAACCUGGCUACGAUCGGCGAAGAAGAGGAAACAAAUUCCCUCGAGUACGCGACCGCAGACAAAGAGGGAAGCGACAGCGAAACGAAUCUGACAGAGAACUCAGAAUGCCUGGAGUCACCGACCAGUAAGAACGACGCAUUCAACUCAAAAGCACGGAAUGACGAAGUAGACAACGCCAACGGAAUCGCCAACUUCUCCGAGACAGGGGCUGAAAAUCUCCACGCAGAGACGGUAAAUGGUAGAAUGGACAACUGCGGAGGCGGUCAGCGCCUACCCCCGGACGGGGACGAGUUUCCAGCAGCGUACCAAGAGUUCGGCGGCAACAACCAGCAGUACCGAUUCGUGACGACAUCGACGACGACGACUAGUGCGUCGACGAUGACCGCGAACGGCGGUCUCGUCUGCAACGAGAGCGAGUCGUUCGUCGGCAACGAGAACUUGAAGCUGAUCGAGAGCAACGCGGUCAGCUCGGAGAGCAUAAUUCUGUCCGAUAGCAGGGUGAACCGAGUCGAGAACGUCUGUCAGGAGGUGAGCAAGGUCGGUCUGCCGAGCAUCGAGAUAAACGGCAAGACCAGCGUCGAGAGCGUGUGCCAAGACACGAGCGCCUCCGUUCGAGAGUCCCGCGUCGACGAUGGCAAACCUUAUGUCGCGGACGACUUUGUUAAAAAAACCACGUCCGUGACCAACUAUUCCAGCUACGGGAAUCAGGGUAACGGUAACGUCCUACUAUCGGAGAAGAAGAUCGAAAUCACCGGUUACUAUCACAAAGACGCGUCGGUUAUCGAAGAAGUCCAGGACCACGAGAAAGAGCCGUUGGAGACGCCACCGCCUCUGCCGCUGACAGGCCCGCCCAAGAUGGAGACGAUCGGACUGUACGCGAGGAACACGGAGUCGCCGCAGAAGAAGUACUCGUUGAACGGCCAGCUCCGGAGGCAGGACGACAAAUCCGAGAGGUCCGUCAGGGACAAGAUCGCCAUGUUUUCGUCGCAGAGCAGCCUGGACGGGCCCCUGUUUCCGAACGCUGUCACGGUGGCAGCCGCGACGAACAACUGCAGAAGACUGUCCAAGUACAAGUCCACGGAAGACGUAUGCAGCGACGAGAAGAAUCCGGGACAAAAGGAGAGGACCUCAUUCUUCGCGGACAGAACGCAGAGUUCCUUGGACUUGACCGAUUCUGGCAGGAACGUCGGCCAAGAUUCCGGUAGGAAGUACGGGCAAAGGUCGCCCAGCGUGCCUCAGAGUCCGUUGUUAGCCUCGCCGACGAUUCACGUUUCGAAAACGUUCCCCGUCGUUCCGCCGAAACCGCUGAUAAGCACGUUCGAGAAAUCCAAGAGCUACGCUUCGAACGCAACGCUGUCCGGUAGCCCGCAAAACAACGUCGCCAGCAAUCAGAAUUCUUCGAACGUGCCACUGAAACCCGUCACGGCGAUCGCCCGCGCCACCAGUUUCUCCGGAUCGACGCCAUACGGCCAGGAUCGCGUCUCCAUGCCCAGCGACCUCUCCGCCAUCUCGCAGAUCUCCAGGACCAACUCUCUCGCCUCCACGUUCAGAAGGCCCAGCGAAGACGCCAGGAGAAACAGCCUGAAUCAGCUGAUCGAGCAGAGGAGGAGGUCGAUAUCCAAGCUCAGGGGUCUGGUCAUCCCGGAGAAGGAAGCCAUACCCAUCGACGCGCCCAUCGUCGAUCUGCCCGAGAUCAAGUCGCGGGAUUCCAUUCUGUUGCAUCAGCUACCGAAAGCCAACAUACAGGAUAAGUGGGGUUCCCAGAGUUCUCUGGCGAGUAACGCGAGCACGGCGAGCAUGCCCCUGAAAGCCACGACGUCCUUCAAGAUGCCAGCUCCUCAGAUACACUCGAAAUACUCUCCGGCCUUCAAAAGGAAAAGCCUCGCGGUUUAUGGCUCGUCGUCGUCGAAUUCCUCUGUGAACGGCAACACCGUGAAAACGUCCCAGGCGACUCCGACGACCCCGACGAUGUCCUCCGAGCCGCCGAAGAGUCUGGAGAGCAUCUGCAGCCCCACGAGAAGCGAUUACAGCUUCGAGUACGCGUCGACGGCCAGUUCGCCCGAGGGGCUGCGCAACAGACCGAAGGCUGUACAGAGGAAGACGCGAAUAGACUACGACGACUCGGACAACGAUUCCGCGGUGAGCAGCUCGCAGAGCAGCAUCUCCCGGGGUUUCAGUCCUCCCAUGUCACCGGUUCCCUCCGAACGAUCCACCGUCUCGUCCGAGAGAUCGUACGUCUCCACCGAGACCAACUACCGAAAUCGAGCUCUGAUCAUAGACAGCCCGACCAGAACGUACGCUCGGGAGUCAAGCGCUGGGGAGUACGCCAGAUCGAGCAUCCUCGCCGAGAGAACGUUCGCCUCGGAGAGGUCGUCGUCCAGCAGCAGCGGUUCCGACCCGAGAUCGCCGCAGCCGAUAGAGUCGAUCGCGAGGAACUCCCAGAUACCGCAAAGGCAAUUGAAACGAUCCAACAGCACCGAAACGAACUGCAGCACCUCCUCCACCUUGACUUCCGGUUCCCAAGCGAGCGCGGAGUCUCUCUCCAGAAGGGUGCUGAAGCCCCAAAGCGUAGAGGCCAUAAAUCGCAAGAACAUCUUGGCGAGCGCCAGGUGUCGAAGCGGAAGAGACCUGAACGGAUCGCCGCUGAUCCAACGGAAGUUCGCCGACGAGGAACGUCGCUCGAGCAUCGCGGAGAACGGCGACGACGCGCACCAGAAGAAUCGCGUGAAGGCGGUCUCGAGCCCGCAGGACGUAAAGAUCGCUUACAUAGAGGUGACGGACACGUUCGCGGACGGUAACUCGUUUCAAAAGGAGGAAGAACCCAAGCUGCCUCCGAAGAGGAGCGUCCCGCCGCCGGUCGUACGACCACCCAAAUCUGAAAUGCUACAGCCCUCGAACGACCUCAAGAUGUGGGUGCGCACGGAGGCCAAGGCUCUCGCCAAGUCCGCGGAGAUGAAAGCAGCCAACAAGGUCGAGAAAAAGCCUCACAUCGCGGACGUUGCCCCUGCAAAUAAAACGCCGAAGAACAACAAAUCGAACGCGGUUGAACAGCAGCUACUCGGUUCGCCGACAAAUAGAAAUAACCCGAUCAACGACGAGUCCGAUCCGAUGGAAGUUUCCAGGCAACGAUUCGGCUCGGGCGUGCCAUCCAAGAGGCCAUCCGAGGACCAGAACGACCUUCUGACGAUCCUCACGACAAAGAGUAGAUCCAGAUCGGCUAUACACGUGGACGAAGGCAGCUUCGGAAGAUCCAAGAGCCAGAUGAGCUUGGAGGACAUUCUGAACGCAAAGGCGGAUGUGAAGUUAUCGCGUGCUCAGAGCGUCGAGGGACGAGCCGAGAAGAGUACCGUUCUGUCCGCUACUCAAAGUAGAUCUCUUUGGGAGUCCAGGGACAGUCGAUACGCUAGGCGAAACUCGACGACCUCGAACGAGUCCUGGAACGAGGAGAAGCCGUUCGUCUCGAAGAUACCGACGUUGGGUAAAUCGAGAUUCGUCGACAGCGGCGACGAGAUGGUGGAACUGGACAAGUCGAAGAUGCUGUCCAAGAUUCCAACCACAAGGAACCUUGGUAGAAGGAGCGCCAGCGUGACGGACAUGAAGAAGGCUCUGGAAAAAAUGGAGGUGAACUGUUCGUCCGGUCAACAUCCGAGUCCCGGGACAGGUCAUAACCGAUUCCCGAGCCUGGACAGCAGCAUCGACGAGAAUCUGUCCCCGAUCGGGACGGACAUGGACACGGAUAGAUGUUGCAGCGAACAAUUUGGCAGCAUCAGCUCUUUGGCCAGUAGCACGAGCCUGAUCUCGCAGCAGGAACUGGCGCAAUUGGUGGAGGAGGCGAGCCUCGAGGAAGCUCGAGGCGCUCACGACGUGAUCGUCGUGCUUCUUCAUAAGGAGAACCCCACAGGCAGCGUUGGCAUCACGCUGGCCGGAGGUGCCGAUUGCGAAGUCAAAGAAAUUACGGUCCAUCGUGUGUUGGUGCAUUCCAUAGCGGACAAGGACGGCCGCGUGCAACGAGGAGACAGGAUUCUGAGCAUAAAUGGUAGAAGCACGCGCGAUCUCACGCACAGAGAGAGCUUAACGGUGCUCAAGCAACCUAGGUCGGAAGUCGUUUUGGUCGUUUCUCGUGCAAGGACUGAGGAGGGGUGUAACAAGUUGAAGUCACGAACCGCGAGCGUCGAAACUAUCAUCGAAGGAUUCGAGACGAACGGUGUCGCGGAGGAUACUGCUUGGGGGCCACCCUCCGUUAUAGCGGUAUAUAAAGAUGGCGCUGGUCUGGGAUUCAGUCUCGAGGGGGGCAGAGACAGUCCUCUCGGGGACAGGCCGCUGAUGAUCAAGAAAAUAUUUACCGGAGGUGCUGCUGAGAAGACAGGUGCCUUAAAAGCAGGGGACCAGUUGUUAGAAGUGAACGGUAAUGAUGUAACGCGAAUGUCAAGAAUCGAAGCGUGGUCUCUGAUGAAGAAACUACACGAUGGUGAAGUAAACCUCCUAGUCAGGCACCCUGCCACCAAAUCAUCGUGAACGGUAGUCAAUUAAGGUAAACGUAUCGUGCAAAAAUCGUGAGGAGUACGAUAGAAAAUACGGCUAUAGAAGUGCACGAUCCGUAAUCGACGAACAAACGUAUUUCUAAAUAUAUUACACCGAGACGCUACAAAAUACGUGGAACGAUAUAACGAUAUCUUAACCUGAAAACCGUAACUGUUCGAUUCCCUUGUUGAAACGAUGGAACGAUACAAUUUGUAAUUGUAUCGAUGAUUCUGUAGCGAAUCUCGUGUUUGAAAUUACGUUCUAACGUUAACGAUUCGUUUCGUAUUUUCUUAUUGUUAAAGAAUAACGAAUAUUCUGUUGGAAUGUUACUUAGGAUUUACAUAUCGUGCUUAUAUAAUGAGGUAACGUUAAAUAAUUGUUUGGAUACCUCGGUUUUCAGGGAGAUUUUUUUUUUUUUCUUUUCCUUUUUCAUUUUGUUGCGGUACCCAUCGACUAUAAUUUAUAUCUUCUAGCAUUGUUUUCAAUACAUCUAAUCAUAGUAAAAGGAGGAGCGCUUGUCCUAAUUAGCUAGUAUUAUCCUCCGCUGCGAUCGUAACGAAGAAACAAACAAGCGUGUAUAUCGACAUGCUUCAGUCUCGCAAUUUGUGUGUAUACACGAAAUGUUAUGACGUAAUAGAAGAGAAAGAUUUGUAAAUAAGAAUAAUGUGCAAAAAUUUGAAAUGCAACAGACCUAGAAAAAUGUCACAUGUAAUAUAAAAAAAAAAAAAGAAGAAAUGUUAAUAUAACGCAUUACGUUACUGGAGUAUUUAAAUGUAGACUGACAUUCGUUUCUAGAUUUGCGUUUGUUAAAAAUCGUGCUGUGAUAUGUAUGUGUGUUAAUAAUAAAACUAACAGGCGUUAAAUAAAAAUAAAAAACAAUCCACAGUAACAAAAUAUUUUAAUCUAACAUAGAUAUUUACGAAAUAUUCGAUUAAUCGCUUGAUUCAUUAAUGUUACGUAUGCUUCUCUUCCCUCUUACAUAUUUUCUAUACGCGAUUCACGAAUAGAAAACGCUGCAAUGUAACUUUUCUCGAUAAUAAAUCAUGCAAUCGAACUGCAGAGAUGUGGUGUGGAAUUUUUUUUUUUAAAUCCGGAUUGCUAUUAAUUUUAACAUACAACGGACGAUACGCCUGGUCUCGUAUACGUAAUACUAAAUACCAGAGCUGAACGUAUGGUCCGAAUUUUUCGAUUAUCCGAAUAAUUAAAAAUAUCUGAAUAAUAAUAAGAAAAAA